AUUGAAAUGUUAUUACUACUAUUCACUGCGUGUUUGGCAAUUCUUGGAGCAUAUUUCUACAGGUUUUGGAGUACACGACAGAAGCGACAAGUUGAACUUCAAAAAAUUGUUGACAAGAAAAGAGCUCAAAGAGCAGAAAGUGUCAAAUUUGCGAAGGAAUCAUCUGAAAAGCUGGACAAAGAGACUAGACUGAAAAUCGCUGCAAUGGAAUAUUCAGAGUUGAAGGACGGCCUUCAAUCUGGAAAAAUCACCUGCAUUGACGCUGUUCGUACCUAUUACGCAAAAGCAAUUUCCGCAAAUGAGAAGACAAAUUCAGUAUGUAUGUUUGUGAAAGAAGCUGAAAAAUGGGCAAUGGAUUGGGAUGAAAAAGCAAAGGAUCCUCAAUUCCAGAAGCCUCCACUUUUUGGACUUCCAAUGUCUUUGAAAGAAUGUGUUCCACUUGAAGGUUACGAUCAGACACGUGGAUUCGUUCAAGAUACUUUCCGUCCAACUGAAACUGACGGAGUACUUGUUCAACAAUUAAAGAAACUCGGAGCAAUCCCAUAUGUUCAGACAAAUGUUCCACAGUCUCUUUUGUCUUAUAAUUGUUCAAAUCCAGUUUAUGGAACUACAAAUCACCCAAUGGAUAAAACAAGAACAUCUGGAGGAUCGUCUGGUGGAGAAUCUGCUUUGAUUUCAGCUGAUGGAUCACUUCUUGGAAUUGGUGGAGAUGUUGGAGGAUCUAUCAGAAUUCCAUGUGCUUACACUGGAACUACUGGAAUUAAACCAUCACAUUUGAGAUUCUCUCAUCGUGGAGUUUGUGGAUCUGUUCCGGGAAGACCUUUGAUUAAUUCAAAUGAUGGACCAAUGUCGACGAGAGUGGAAACAAAUGUCGAUUUCUUGAGAACUGUUUGGGCAGAUACGUGGAUUACGGAACAAGAUCCUUAUGUUCCACCUGUUACAUGGAAUGAGGAGGCUUAUAAAAGUGAUAAGAAAUUGAAAAUUGGGUAUUAUGUUGAUGACGGAUGGUUCACUCCAACUCCAGUUUGUCAAAGAGCUGUAAUGGAAGCAAAGCAGAUUUUGGAAGACUCUGGGCACACUUUGGUUCCAUUCAGGCCACCAAGAGUUCCUGAAGUUUUGAGAAUGUUUUUGAGAGCAGUAUGCGUUGAUGCUGGAACAUUCUUGUCUAAGAAGCUGAUGAAUGACAUUAUCGACCCUCUUCUCUACACUCAAGUUGUACUAUGGAUGGUGCCAGUUCCAAUUCAAAGAUUCCUUUCAAGCAUCAUUAAAGUCUUCUUCCCAAGACUUGGAAAUCUUAUGGAUGCAAUGACGUUGAGUACUGUGGAGCUUCGUAAUACAUAUGCUGAUAUUGAAGCUUAUCGAAGUGAAAUGGCUGGAUUGAUGGUUGAUCAGAAGAUUGAUGCUCUUCUUUGUCCGGUUACUGUAUCGCCAGCUCUUCCACAUGUUUCUCCAUCUAAAUUGUUUGCUGGAACUAGUUACACUGGAAUCUUCAAUUUAUUGGAUUAUGCUGCAGGAUCUGUUAAUGUGACUCAUGUUACAAAACAAGAUGAAUUGGAUCUUGAAGACUAUGAAGAAUCUGAUCCAUGGUAUGCUCUUGCAAAGAAAGGAUCACGUGGAACUAUUGGUUUCCCAAUUGGAGUUCAAGUUGCAACUCCUCCAUACAAAGAGGAGACAUGUCUCAGAAUUAUGAGAGAAAUUGAACGCGGUGUCACCGGAAAAUAAUCGAUAUUACGGUCAUCCCAUCCGUUUUUCUCUUCAUUUUCUCGCUCUCUUUUCACUUUCCCACAAUGCCAUAAUAUUUUUUGUUUUACGGUUUUUUAUGCAAAUUGACCUGUUUUCUAAUUCCUUUUGGUCAGUCUGCGUUUUGUGUUACAUUGUGAUAUAAUUUUGAACAGUUUUUGAAUGAAACAGUAAUAUAAUUU